AUGUUACGAAUUUUCGGUUUACUCUUGGUAUUUCUGAUCUCAACACUGCUUCUUUUUGCCGUUUGGAGUUACGGACCACUUCCUGAGGGUGCUCAACGACCAAGAUUCCCACGUGAUUUGGAUGGUUUGAGAGAUUUGAGCUCGAGUUUAGGAAGAUAUGAAGAAUCUCAUGCUCUCUAUACGUUUCUUCUCUUCUCCACGGCCUACCUCUACAAGCAGACGUUUGCAAUUCCUGGAUCAUUUUUCAUGAAUCUCCUGGCAGGUGCUCUAUUCGGAACUCUUCGUGGAGUUGCUCUCGUUUGUACUCUCAAUUCCAUCGGAGCAUCAUUUUGUUUCUGUCUUUCUGCUCUCUUCGCUUCACCAAUUGUCGAAAGAUUUCUGAAAACACGAAUUGAGAAUUUGAGAUGUUUGGUAAACGCUGAACGUGAUCGUCUUUGGGUUUUCCUGCUUUCUGCCAGAGUAUUCCCAUUCACUCCCCACUGGUUACUCAACAUUUCCAGUCCUUUUCUAGAUGUACCACUUCGUUAUCAUGCCAGUUCAGUAUUUGUUGGUCUUUUCCCCUACAAUCUUCUGUGUGUUCGUGCUGGAACCGUACUCGCUGAAGUCAAUUCGAUGUCAGAUGUCUUCGAUGUCUGGACUCUUUCCGAACUCUUCACUGUAUCUUUGAUUCUUCUCUUAGCUACGAAAAUGUCGAAAAAUAAUAAUCUGGAGAAGAAAGUGACGGAUCAUAAUGUGUUACAUGGCGUCAAAAUGUCUUGA